AUGCCGGUGCGUGCGGCACCGUCGUCGCUGGUCCCGCCACUGCCGCCGACGCACCAGUCGGUGGCGGCAGAACCGCGUCUCAGCCGAUGCGUCCGCAGGUUUUUUGCGCACCUGUUCAGCAACUUGGGACUGUUCGGUCUUGUAGCCGGCUACGUGAUAGUCGGUGCGUUCGUGUUCCGGUUCCUGGAAGCGGGCAACGAACGACAACAGCGGGACCGCAUAGGCCGCCUAAAAAACGACUGUUUGGGAGAACUCUGGAACAUAACAGUGAGAAUGCAUGUUCUUCAUGAGCUAAAUUGGACAAAGUUAGUAUAUGAGCCACUUCAAAAAUUUGAAACCCAAAUCAUUUCCACAAAAAAUAUUCAGGGAUACGACAGUAAAAAUACAGAACAAUGGUCACUCACCGGCGCGCUUUUAUACUCGGUGACUGUGAUAACCACUAUUGGAUACGGUAAUUUAGCGCCAAAAACACCAGAAGGUAAAAUAGUGACUAUGGUGUAUGCCCUUUUUGGCGUACCUCUCAUGUUAUUGUGCAUAUCCAAUCUCGGUUCACUGUUAGCCGGUACGUUUCAGUUUGCUUACUCACAUGCGUGCUGCUUCACCAAAAGAAAAUCAGAUCGAAAGAAUAAGUCAAUGAAAAAGUCAAAGACUGUAGUGAGAGAAGAAGUUAUUCCGCAUGCCGUAAACUCUUUAAACGGUCAUCACAGAAACGGACAGCAAACUUCAAGAACACGAAAACAAAUUGGAUGCAAACCAGUGUAUCGUUUAACCACUGAAGCCAAACACGUACUGUGUGAAUGUGCCGAAUACCAAUUAGCUAAUUCUCCUACACACGAUCACGUGGCAGCGCACAUCCUAAGACAACUGGGCGAUCGUCCAGAUUUGUCAACAGUACCCGAAGAUGAGUAUUUAUACGAUGACGACAACGAAGACUGUUACCAAUGUCAACUACACGACGGUAGCCACAACGGAACGCCUUCUAGAGUGCCGUUGAUCCGUGGCAGCCGACAGAAAGAAAUGGCACAACGCCCUUUGGAAAUGACCGUGGUCGUACCUGCCAAAAAGAAGCCCAAACGGAGUGGUAACGCACCGCCCGGCGUACCCGUCGCGUUGGUACUGCUGGUGUUGGUCGGCUACAUCUGUGUGGGAGCAGCCGUGUUUGCCGCCUGGGAAGGUUGGACGUUCAUCGAUGGCGCAUACUUCUGUUUCGUCACUUUGUCCACGAUCGGCUUUGGCGACCUGGUGCCCGGCAAGUCGUUCCAGGGCACCGACACGCAAAACGGGCAGCUACAGUUGGUAGCCUGUUGCGGGUACCUGCUUUUCGGUCUUGUUCUCAUCGCCAUGUCGUUUUCGCUGGUCCAGGAAGAAGUGGUUUCCAAAUGCCGGCACGUGGCCCGGUACGUGGGUUUGCUGAAACAGCCGAGACCGGCCACGCAACCCGCCCCUUACGCCCUGUAAUCGAAGCCGGCCGAUGCCGGCUUAAACAAAUCAAAUUUCAUCGUACAUCGAAACGUGUGUGUGUUUUUUUUGUUGUAAGCCAUCGAAAACAAUUUUUAAAUUGUACAUUUAUAUUUUAAAAGCGCAUUUCACUGUUUGGACAAAUUCCACCUGGAUUAUCUCGUUUACGUUUGUCACAACGAACAGCGGUUGUGUUUAUGUGUAAACAAUUGAAAUUAUCAUUUGACACCUGCCUUUUAUUUUUAAAACGUCUUUGAUACGGAAAAUAACGGUGUUUUUAAUUUAUACAACGUUCGUUCUAAUGACCUAUCAAGACAUCUAUAUAUCUUGUUAUAUUAAUUAAUCGCACCGCUAAUACCUUACAAGCAAACAAAAGUUCUUUUAAGUAUGCGACAAAUAAAAAAAACUCUAGUCAGUAUAUUCAUACAUUAUUUAGUGUUUUAUCCCUGUACAAGUUGAUUAUUAUUUUUUAAUAUUUAUUUCUAUUUAAAUCAAAUUGUAAUAAUUAACAUUUAACCACGACUUUUGAACUAUAUAAUUUAGGAAUAGAACUUUGUACGUAGAACGUUUUAAAAACUCUACGGGUUUAAAAUUACUUUGUACUGGUGCAAUAUACGGUUAGUCUACCUGCCUACAUUUUGUUGAGUUUCACUAAGUAUUAAACUUUUCUCUAUACGAGGAGUAGAUCUUUUUUAAAAACAAUAUUAUGUUAUAAUAUAAUUAUAAAUACCAGUUACCAGUGAGGUGUUGUAAUCAUACUUACUAAUACUUUACUAGUUAAAAUACAAUGAAGUAAAUAAAUGUAAACGUACUUAUUCAGAGUACGUUUUAAAUCAUUCUGUACAAAGAUAAUCAGAUAAAAUAUGUAACAUAAUAAAUAUAUUUUUUAAUGAUAUUGUGUACAAAUUUCAAAGAGAUGUUUUAGUACUAAUAAUAAUACAUAAGUAGUACAAUAUUAAGCAUGGUUAAAGCCUAUUAUUCAGCCUCACUAAAAUUCACUAUAUUAUUAAGUACACUUACCUAAACCUCACCACUCCAUCGAUAGAGUUUGCUACUGUAAUUUGCUAUGCAUUUCGUUUAUUUUACAAGCGUCUUGAUGAAACUGAUUUUCCACGGAAACCUCCACUGUAUCAAUCUAUGGUAAUAUUAAUUGUCUGCUAAUUUUGGUACAAAACUUUUUUGUUAAAUAUUAUAUUGAUGAUGUCUUAAUGCCUAUUAUUAAAGUUGUUUAUGUUAAUUGUUCUAAAUACAUGUUAAAUACAAUUUUACAGACAUUUUUUA